AUGGAUAAGAUACCAUUAUCAUUUGAUAUAUCAAGCAAUACAACAAUUGAAGAAACAAAUACAAAUACAGUUAGUAUAAGAAUUACAGGUUAUGAAAAAUCAAAUUUUACAGUAGUACUUUCUUGUAUAGCAGAUG